ACUCAUCUUACAGUAACAUGACGAUAAUUUCCUGAAACAUUCAGCACAACACUAUACACCUUACUUCAAGACCAAUUUCCAAUUCUAAAGCAACAACGUUUUUGCUAAUAAAAUGGAUUCUCUUCGAUUUAGUCUGCUAAGUUUUGUUUUCAUGCUUUGCAUUAACUGCGCCAUUAUGAGAGCUUUUUCCUCCAAAGAUAAGAACUCUGUGAAUGCUCUUCUUGCUGAAAUGGGGUACGACAUACGUCCUCAAACUCUUGGCGACUGGCAAGAAGUCUUCGGACGAGUAGCAGAGAAAUAUUUCAACAUUAUCUCACAUAAGGAAGAAAUUACCCUGGAAUUAGAAUUUUCGGAAUUUCUGCAAUAUGUACGAUUGAGAGCGGAAGAAACUGUAAAUGCUUUUGUUAAUCAUGAAGGCGUAAAUGUUCAAAAUGACCAAACGUACAAAUCGCAAAUUCAAAAAGUGUUCCCAAAGGAAACAGAUCCUCCAGAAUUAGGUGGAGGAAUCCAUUUUAGAAAGUGGAUUUUGUUAUUGCACCUUGGCGAUGAAGAAGUUUCACCAUCACUUCAUAAACUUCGACGCUUGUUGCAUGAAAACAGAGUGAAGUAUCGUAAAUAUGCAAUGGGAAUGGAACGAAUUUAUGGGAUUUUCUCGAUUCCACACCAUUCGAAUAUUUUGAAACCUCGAUAUUUCAAUGCAUCUGAUCCUCAGAAGUAUUUGAAACUGUUGAAUCCAGAAUGUAAAUUCGCAGUAAGCAAUUUUCUCAUGAGUGAAAGUGAAACGGAAGAAGAAACCAAGAAGCAAGAAGAGAAGAAGAAGGAAGAAAAAAAAGAGAAAAAAGAAAAUCGUUUGGAUAAAUAUUCCACUCCUCCAAGUUUUAAUGACUCUUAUGUUUCAGAAGACUGUUCUUCGGAAUACUCGUACAAGUCUUCAGAAUACAAAUCUGAAUAUGAUUCUGAAGAAUCUUAUUAACCACAUGAUGGUACACCAGAUCAACCACAAGGCGGUAUAAGUGGUUGCUUCGAGUACUAGGGUUUUGAAGCGCGUUGGAACUUGAGAAAUCGUCAGACUUCUUCAAAAAUUUAGAACAUUUCCCAAAAGUGUUGCAUCAUUGCUCAAUUCAAGCGCAUGCUACAAUGUUUCACGCUUUUUGAGGGGAAAAACCUAACGCUAAUGAACCUGUUAUAUGAAAAAUACUGCAAGUAUUUAUUUGAGAUUUUUUUUCAAGUGCCUCCAACACAAAACCUGACAAACUUUUUUUGUAAUUAGAAAAAGUCAUCGCGCAUUUCAAGAAUUGCAUACAAUUCUUCCAUCGUUCAUAUUAUCAGUCUUUUUUAGUGUGCGUAGCACACUAUUGGUUUCGCUUUGAGAAAUGAAAUUUCAUUAUACAUGAAUGUUCUCUUAAACUAUCCAACCGUUUUUUGUACCUAUUGGACACCAUUUGAGAAUCAUUAAGGCGGAGGGAAUAGAUUAUUUUUCAUUCAAUUCGGAUGGGUAAUUGCUGAGUAAUUGCAAUUUUAGUUCAUUAUUUUAAUGCAUUAAAUCCUAAAAAAGGGAAAAGGGUACUUGCAAAACACCUGCCGCUCAUUGUACCCUGCUAUACCCCCAGUCAAUUCCAUCUCCGCUUUUCAAAUCAGCUGUCUCAUUGUACCCUGUUACACCCCUCAUCUGUUAGCUGUAUGUUCCAAGUGGGAGUGGUUUGGUGGGGCGUUUACCCAACAAAUAUAUUCUUUUAAUGCCCUAACCCACCAUAUGAACUCGUAGUCGAAUGGAUAGGGCAUGUAGGUAGGAAUAGGAAUUGUAGGGUCCCAGGUUCGAAUCCCCAUCAGGUAGGUAGGUAUAGGUGACGGAUUUUUCGUUGGAAAUAUUGGAUAGGUAAAUGCUGUGGAGUGAGUACAUGAUGCUGGUGCAAAAAAAACGAAUUUUGAACCCUGUAGCCCCCUCAUUUUGAUUUAUAAAAACAAAGUUAUGAAAUAUGAUGAUAUCAUUUUGCUAAAUGAAUUUUCAUUUCACUUAUUCAAAUACUUUUUACUAUACCUAUAGCGCCGUAAGUACAGUAAAAAUUACCUUGAGAUGAGUAAUUUUUACUUUUUAUGAUAUAAAAAUUACUUUAAAAUGAGUAAUUUUUACACAACUUGGUUAAUGUAAUUUUUAUUAUCAUGCUUUAGUAAAAAUUACACUAGGCAACGGCAUAUUUGUUUUCGGGUCGAAAAUGGGCUUAAUCGAUAGUUUAGACCCUAAAACAAAAAACAGAGUGAGGUUUUUCAAUUUGAGUUGUUUUUGUAGUCAGGAGAGAUGAUCAAAGUUGCAAAAAUGGCCGUUUUUGCCCUAUUUCACGAGUCUGUGGCGACAUCAGUAUCAUGUUUCAAAAAAAAACAAGGUCAUAUUCGGAUUCUACGCACUUUUUUAAGUAAACAUCUUUACCGGAUUUUUGAUUUUCGAACAUUCAAGCGCAUACGGAAGAUUUUCGUUUGUAACACGAAAUUUUUACUGCACGAGAACCUCGCCCGCGCGAACACGGUUCCGCGCCACGAUUACAUCGUGGAGUAACGCCAGCGUCGCGCGCUCCGAGUUUUAAAAUAUGUUACAAACAAAAAUCUUCCGUAUGCGCUUGAAUGUUCGAAAAUCAAAAAUCCGGUAAAGAUAUUUACUUAAAAAAGUGCGUAGAAUCCGAAUAUGACCUUGGUUUUUUUCAAAACAUGAUACUGAUGUCGCCACAGACUCGUGAAAUAGGGCAAAAACGGUCAUUUUUGCAACUUUGAUCAUCUCUCCUGACCACAAAAACAACUCAAAUUGAAAAACCCCACUCUGUUUUUUGUUUUAGGGUCUAAACUAUCGAUUAAGCCCAUUUUCAACCUGAAAACAAAAAAAAGGUCAAAAAUUGUUGCCUAGUGUUAUUAAAACAAAAUGAUUUUUACUAAUGUUAUAGCAAAAUUUAUUAAAAUGAUGAUUUUUACUAUAAGAUUACAGUAAAAAUUAUUAUUGUAACUGAACAGUUGAAAAUUGCUGAUUUUCAAAACAAAUUUUAUCAUACUUAUAUUAUGUAUUUUUGUAUGGGAUCUGGUUAUUGUGCUAAAUAUGUAGUGAACAUUUUUUGUAAAAAUUACCCAUAUUUUUUUCGUGUUAUUUUGAUUAAAACAAAAUGAUUUAAACAAAAUGAUUUUUACUAAUGUUAUAGCAAAAUUUAUUAAAAUGAUGAUUUUUACUAUAAGAUUACAGUAAAAAUUAUUAUUGUAACUGAACAGUUGAAAAUUGCUGAUUUUCAAAACAGAUUUUAUCAUACUAAUAUUAUGUAUUUUUGUAUGGGAUCUGGUUAUCGUGCUAAAUAUGUAGUCAACAUUUUUUGUAAAAAUUACCCAUAUUUUUUUCGUGUUAUUUAGAGGCAAUGCGAAUUCUUAACAUAUUUUAUAUGAUUUAAUAAUUUUAGAAUCAAAGGCAAAUUCUGAAAAUUGGUUUGAAAUUUUAUAAAUUUGAAGACAAUGGAAAUUCUAAAAAAAAUAUGAAAAUUUGUCAUUUAGAGACACUGAGAAUUCCAAAAAUUGAUUAAAAGUUCUGUAAAUUGUAGAUAAUGUGAACUUGAAAAUGAUAUGAAUAACACUAGGCAACAAUUUUUGACCUUUUUUUUGUUUUCAGGUUGAAAAUGGGCUUAAUCGAUAGUUUAGACCCUAAAACAAAAAACAGAGUGGGGUUUUUCAAUUUGAGUUGUUUUUGUGGUCAGGAGAGAUGAUCAAAGUUGCAAAAAUGACCGUUUUUGCCCUAUUUCACGAGUCUGUGGCGACAUCAGUAUCAUGUUUUGAAAAAAACCAAGGUCAUAUUCGGAUUCUACGCACUUUUUUAAGUAAAUAUCUUUACCGGAUUUUUGAUUUUCGAACAUUCAAGCGCAUACGGAAGAUUUUUGUUUGUAACAUAUUUUAAAACUCGGAGCGCGCGACGCUGGCGUUACUCCACGAUGUAAUCGUGGCGCGGAACCGUGUUCGCGCGGGCGAGGUUCUCGUGCAGUAAAAAUUUCGUGUUACAAACGAAAAUCUUCCGUAUGCGCUUGAAUGUUCGAAAAUCAAAAAUCCGGUAAAGAUGUUUACUUAAAAAAGUGCGUAGAAUCCGAAUAUGACCUUGUUUUUUUUUGAAACAUGAUACUGAUGUCGCCACAGACUCGUGAAAUAGGGCAAAAACGGCCAUUUUUGCAACUUUGAUCAUCUCUCCUGACUACAAAAACAACUCAAAUUGAAAAACCUCACUCUGUUUUUUGUUUUAGGGUCUAAACUAUCGAUUAAGCCCAUUUUCGACCCGAAAACAAAUAUGCCGUUGCCUAGUGUAAUUGAAGAGCUCUAUUCCAAAGUGGGUUAAGUCAUUUUUUCCUCCAAAAAAUGCGUUUAAAGUUUUUGAUACUGAAAUUUGUUUUGUUUCCAAAGGUCGGUGCACCUUUCCUUUCUUUGGACAUAGAACAAUCACUUGUAGAAAAAUUUACUUUGAAAAAUCCAUCCCACUUUGGAAUAGAGCUCUUCAAUUAUUGUAUGUAAUAUAUAUGAAGAUAAUGAGAAUUCUGAAAAAUUAGAGGCAUGCACUACUUAGCUAUGUAAUAGCGGUUAUAGCUGUAGAAAAGGCAGCUAGCUACGCACACUUCGCAGCUAAGCUUUGCUUAGCUGUCUAGUUUUGUUAUUGAGAUUGGGAACAUUUUCGACAUGGGUAUUCAUAUAUUCAUGAAUUGGAAUUUAUUUUCUACAGACCUCGAAACAGUUAUUAGGUAAUAACCAAUUCAUAAAUCAGUAUAGAACUAAAACAAUAAAAGAAAUGAUUCCUGAUGUGUCUCAAUCCAAGUCCUCUCACUAUUUUCCUGCAGUUUAAGUUAUAGCGACAAAAAAAACGACCAUAAAGAGAGAAAUCUGCCAAACAAAGACAAAUUUACAUUCAUACACAAGCAUAAAAAUAUGCAAUAAUAGCAAAGCAAGAUUGAAAAAAGCGAAAAUUCACGCCACCCAGUGACACAUAGGAGGACGGACGUGUCGACGUUGUAAAUCCUGAUUUACUCCGACGGUGAUUUUUUUUUACACCAGCAUUGUUUUGAUUAAAAAAAAAGGACUAGCGUGAAAAAAAAUAGGGGAAUUGAUGAAGUAUCCGUUUAAGCUGACGUUAGACAAAGCAGAUCAGCCAUCCGAAAAGCGAAAAAUACUCGAUGUUGACUUUUUUUUCACACUAACUCGUUUUCUUUUUGCAUAUAAAGACGAGCCUGCAGAGCUCGCGCCCCCGCGUACUUAAUCAGACCGGAAUUACAAUUAUGAAAGGGUGUGCGCGAAUUCUCUAUAUAACAUAAGAGUAUACGAGACGCGACACAGACGUAUCCCAUACCUAUACUGCUCUGCCUCUGCAGUCUGCUUGGCUCGGCUCUAUGAUGGUAAAUGGCGUGAAAACGAUAGCGAGCUUUUCAAUUGCGGUGCUCUCUCUUUUUUUUAUUUCACCUAAAUCGCGAUACUACAAUAGCGUUUAUCGUCGUAUAUAGCGAGCUCUUGUACAAUGGCUUGGCUUAGCUGCAAUACACGUCUGUGUGCGAGUACUCAACCAUAUUCUGUGUUAGAGAUUUUUUUUUGUAAUGCUACCAGAUUAAGUACGAUUGUGGAAGGAAAUUCGAGGGUUGUGGAAAAAGGAAAGUUUAAUUUGUCGAUGCAUAUUCGCAAUUUUCAUCGACGAGAGAUGAGAAGAACGAUGAAUUUAAUCAUUUUGUGAUAUUUGAAAAAUAUACCUAUACAAUAUUGCAACUGUA